AUGGACUCCCAUAUCUGGUUUUCACCAUCAUCUUCAACCUCCAUUGUUUUAGCAAUGGUUUUAGCUUUAACUCUCACAUUUGUUCAUUCACUAACAUUGAGAUCAGAUACUGAAGCUCUUCAAGCACUUAGGCGUUCCAUUGAUCCCAACAUGAUUCCACCAUCAUCAUAUAUCAGUUCAUGGGAUUUCUCAGCUGAUCCAUGUGAUAGUACUGGUGCUAAAUUUCUGGGGAUUUUGUGUUCAAACCCUGGGGAUAAUUCGACAAACCGGAUCAUAUCGAUUGAGCUCGAUAGUGCUGGAUAUGAUGGCUUUUUGACACACAAUAUAGGGAACCUUACUGAGUUAACCUCGCUUGAUCUUAGUAGGAACCAGUUUAGAGGGCCAUUACCAGAUACCUUAAAGAAUCUCAAGAAACUAACCCAGAUUUCUCUUUCAGGGAAUUUCUUCACAGGUGGCAUUGCUGGAUGGAUCAAUGGAUUGAGGAACGUUGAAUCGAUUGACUUAUCGGAAAACCUCCUUUCUGGUCCGAUACCACCGAGGAUUUCCGAGUUAAGAAGGUUAACGGACAUAAGUUUCUCCAACAAUGAAUUCUCAGGGAGAAUUCCCGACAUUAAUGGAUUAUGGAAAUUGCAGACAUUAGACCUUGGAUCCAACAUGUUUGUUGGGAACUUACCAAAGCUUCCUACAAAACUAAGAUCAUUAACAUUGUCGCAUAAUCAACUUUCAGGACAUAUUACAUCGCUGGGGUCACUUAAAGAGUUAAGAUACAUUGAUUUAAGUGAUAACAAGUUUACAGGUUCUAUUACUAGAUCGAUUCUGUCAUUGCCCGAGUUGAAUCAACUCAAUGUUUCCUUCAAUCAACUCGCUUCCAUCGAGGUGAACACUCAUCUCGGGAGCGGUUCGCCGCUCCAAGUGUUGAAUGCACAAAGGAAUCGUUUGCAAGGUCAUUUGCCGGUGAGUUUGGUGAACUUUGAGAACUUGCAGGAGAUCAAUUUAGCAUACAAUGGAUUGACGGGUCGGGUACCGGUGGCGUACGGACAGCGAUUGGGGAGACCGUGGAAAAGCUUGUUUUUGGAUGAUAACUUCUUGUCGGGUCGGAUUCCACGGCAGUUCAAUAGUAGUGCCCUUAGGAUAAGCGGUAGCCUUGCGAAUAAUUGCUUGAGUUGCCCGGUGACGAUCCCGAUUUGCGGCGGUGGGCAGAGGCCGGCUUCAGCUUGCAUUGGUGAGAUUGGUAACCACUGA